AGUGGGUGUUGCUUUUUCUUAAUUUGACUCAGUCAACAUUACACGAAAAACAGAGAAAAUAUAUGACAGACAUUCAUUCGUCUGAGCCACACCUCUUUUCCUCUCCUCUCACUAACGGAUGGCAAUGAUGCUGGAGGAAAAUACAGACCAGAUCAGAGCAGUAUCAAAUAGUGGGAAAGAGGAAUAAUGUGCUGGAGCUAGAAGCAUACAAGAAGACAAAGAAAAAAUCUCAAGCUAAUCUCUGGAAAUGAGUGAAGCAUUUCAUACCAUCAUCAUGGGGCUGCGGGACUUUCUGAAGGACUAUUUUGAUGGAUUCUGGGACUCUUAUGAGACUCCUAAGAUGAUGGUGGUUAAGAACAAAACUCUUGGAGUCAUUUACAGAGCUGUUCAGUUUCUUGUGAUCACCUAUUUCACCUGGUAUGUUUUUAUCAGUCAGAAAGCRUACCAGGAGAGCGAGACCCAUCCAGAAAGCUCGGUUUACACUUGCAUGAAAGGCACAGCAAUUCAUGGCGAUGACAUCCUGGACACGGUGGAAUACGCUCGACCCUCAGAGGGUGGUGAUGUGAUCAGUACAUUACUGAGGAGAGAAUACACUUAUGAUCAGAAACAAGGCACCUGCGCUGAGCAUUUUGAAGUUGCCAACGCAAACUGUACAACAGACGCUGACUGUGUUCAAGGGGAGGCUGAUUUAGAAGGAAAUGGCAGAAGGACUGGCAGAUGUAUUCAGUACUACAACCAYACUUUCAAAACGUGUGAGAUCCAAACCUGGUGUCCUAUUGAAGCCUUUGCUGUUGUACAAGAACCACCUUUAGUAGAGGCCAUCAACUUCACAGUGUUUAUCAGAAACUCCAUCCACUUCCCCAAGUUUAAAGUUCUGAGGGUAAAUGCAAAAUAUGCUUCAAAAGGGCAUAAAAAGCACAAAUAUCUUAAAAAGUGUCAUUAUCAUGAGGAGAAAGAUCCCUACUGCCCAAACUUCCGCCUGGGUUACAUUGCAAACCAAGCGAGGGAGAAUUUCAGCGAGCUCUGCAGAACUGGAGGAGUGAUUGGAGUCUUCAUCAACUGGGAUUGUAAUCUUGAUUUGGAUCCUUCACACUGUAAACCAACAUAUUCAUUCCGUCGKCUUGAUCUCCGAAAGGAUCUGGGUAACACUGGUUACUAUUACAGGUUUGCCAAAUAUUAUAGUAACGAUGGUGUCGAGUCUCGGACACUUGUCAAAGCUUAUGGCAUCCGUCUAGAUGUCAUAGUACACGGACAGGCUGGAAAAUUCAGUACCGUUCCAACAAUCAUCAGCCUGGUGACAGCUAUGACCUCUGUAGGGAUCUGUACUAUAAUCUGUGACUGGAUCAUGCUCACAUUUAUUGACAGGAAUGAAGUGUACAGUGAGAGGAAGUUUGAUGAAGUGAUUAAAGAACCCACAGAAACCAUCCAAACAGAGGUCAGCUUCAUCAGCAGCUAUGGCUCGAACCACUCAGACCUGUCGGACGGUGUACCACUCUGAUCCCAGAGUCCAGCUGACCGACGCGGCAACAUCAGCAUCUCAGAGUGAUGGAGUCACAACACUGUGCUGUUCUUAGUGGGAAUAAACUGAACGAGAACCACAUCUCCAAGAAAAAAUCAUUCUGAAGGAAAAGCUCGUGGAGCUCUCAAUGAAACUGUCUUAACAGCAGGUUAAAGUCACAGAUUAUUUUAAGCUUUACUGGACUUUCAUCAUGUUCACCAAACCUGCUUCUGUCUACCUUCAGAUUACAGUAUACUCACAUGUAGGGAAUGUUAGUUUUCUCAAGAUAAAAAAUAACUAAUUUCAUAAGAAAGUUUUACUAAUCAAUACAAGCUAUGCUCUUAUACUGCAAACAUUCAGC